UGAACGACUCACGGUAUUGUUUGUCUCAGAGAUUGUCAAGCUUAUGCGUGAGCAUCUGCGUAUCUGGCUAUAUCUCGAGGAAAGACUUCGCGUGGGAGUUGCAGUUGAAAAAGAUAAGAGGACCUUUCGAGCGCGCCCUUCCGUGGAUCUUGCUGGAUGUGUUUGUCGUACAGCAACUAUUACUAAAACGGGAUGGCUGCAUCGAAGAUGUGCUUAGCUUUGGUGACGCUUGUUUUUUGUAUCGUCUUGAUUUCCCCGGCAGUCGUUCAAGCAGCUUUCCAAUUCAAGCACCACAACAACGAAGAAUUGGCAACCAUUUUGGAAGACGUUCACUCCAGGUGCCCAAAUAUCACCAAAGUGUACGCCCUCAGUGAAAAUUCGGUUGCUGGAAACCCACUCCUGUUGAUUGAAUUCUCGGGCGAGCCAGGAUACCAUGAACUCUUGGAGCCAGAAUUUAAAUAUAUUGCCAAUAUGCACGGAAAUGAAGUUUUGGGACGGGAACUUCUCCUAAAGAUGGCCGACUACCUGUGCGAACAGUAUAUGGCCGGCAAUGAGUCCAUUAGAUCUCUGAUCCACUUGACUCGUAUUCACUUGAUGCCCAGCAUGAAUCCAGAUGGCUGGGAAAUGGCCACUGCUGCUGGAGGAGAUAACUACUUGAUUGGUCGGGCAAAUAACAAUAGUGUCGAUCUCAACCGGGACUUCCCCGACCUUGACCGCCUUCUUUACUCUGAAGAAGAAGAACGUACUGUUCGUAAUAAUCACCUGAUGGACCAGAUUCGUCAUUUGGAUCAUCCUCCUCAACCAGAAACUCUAGCCGUGAUGCGAAUGAUUAUGGAACAGCCUUUUGUGGCUUCGGCCAAUUUACAUGGUGGCGAUUUGGUAGCUAAUUACCCAUACGACGAAUCGCGUGACAAGGAUGGUUCCAUCGAAUCGCUUUCGCCCGACGAUGACACCUUUAGGCAUCUAGCUUUGAGCUAUUCAAAACUGCAUCCACGAAUGUCAGACCCAAAUCAACCGUCAUGCGACGACACAUCAUCCGGUUUUGGAAAACAAGGGGGCAUUACCAAUGGAGCUGCGUGGUAUUCGGUCGAAGGAGGCAUGCAAGAUUUCAACUACCUUUCAUCUAAUGACUUCGAAAUCACUUUGGAAUUGGGCUGUGAAAAAUAUCCGAAAACUGAACGCUUGGCUCAAGAAUGGGAGGAUAACAAGGACGCUUUGAUUAACCUCAUUUGGCAAAGUCACAUUGGAGUCAAAGGUGAAGUAAAGGAUGCUGUUACCGGUAGACCGUUAGUCAAUGCCGUCAUCACUACACGAAACGUGACACGAAUUAACGAAACCCACGCACGGAAGGACCUCAUUAAGCAUGACAUUACAUCUGCUCAAGGUGGAGAUUACUGGAGAUUGCUGACACAAGGGGAAUACGAAAUUACUGCCUCAGUUCGCAACUACCUGCCGCUCAUCAAACGAGUUUUAGUAACGAAUCCUCAUCAUGAGCCGGCCUUUAUAGUUAAUUUCGAAUUGCAGUCGGCAACCAAUCAAGGCCAACGCACCUGGGAAUGGGAUGAUGACGUUCCACUUGACUACGUCGUUGAAGAUUUGGGCGAAGAGUUCGACAAAAAUGUGGACGAGAUACCUUUCAACCGGGAGAAUAAUUGGCCCCAAAACAUAGAGGAAUUUGACCUGGGCUUCAAGGAAAAUAUUGGUGACUAUAACCACCUCAAGUACAAAUGGUUUCCCUCGCCCAAUCGCCGUUAACAGACAUAACACUCCUCUAAAAAAAAAGAAAGAAUAUAGUCGUCGAAAAAAUGACUCCCAUUCAGAAAAAAAAAAAAAAACAUAAAAAACAUAACAAGAAGAUUAAUUCAGUUGACAACAUAUUACCUGGUAUAUUGUUGCUAAAUGAGUAUCAUGAAGAUUUACACAGGAACACUCACGCAAGUGUGGCAAUUUAAUCAAAUCACAGGCCACAUUUUAUUUCUAUGUUAAUGAGUGUAUUUGGAGCAGGGAAUUAUCAUAAAACCGGUGAUUUGACACGACUAUACCAGACCGGUGCUUUUAUCAUUUGUAUUUCCCUUCCUCACUGUUGUACUUCAACUUUUUCCUGUUUUAGAUGUAUUUAACUUAUUAAACACGCAUUACCAAUCGA